GGAGAAGAGUUGGAAAGGGACGCUACUGUAGUAGCCAAUGGUCUGAUUGAGGUGGCAAACAUCUCCCUGGGGACACAGCAAAUUCCUCCAGCAGUAAGUAGUAGUAGCUACUUAGAAGAUGAACGCAUAAUUGCUAGAGCAAGGGCAGUUGGUCUGGACUAUGAGUUUGCAAAGCCUGGUGUAGUGGAAACAGAGGAUGACAGGAGAAAAAGACAGCGGCGAAACCAAAGACGAAUAUCAGAACAAGAGAAAAGGUUGCGAGAAGUUGUUGGAGAUCUACCGCCACCUCCACCAGCAGGUUCAAGUCAGCAAGAAGAUAAGGCGUACAGUGCUAUUCGUGCAUUUGAGGUGGAGCAGAUGACUUAUGCAUUCAGUUUUUGUGAGGUCUGCAAGGAACGACGACUGGAGUGCAAGGGCACAAGAAACAUGUGUACUCGCUGCAGGAGAGAUAAGAAGGUACCAAAAGUUUGGUUAGGAGAGAAUAACAUGGAUCCAAUGGCUGUUCCUGAGAUUUUGUCUGACAUGUCAGAUGCUGAACAGAUGCUGAUAGCCAGGCUAGCACCUACCGUGCAUGUACACUUACUGAAGCAUGGAGGUAUCGCUUCAAAGGGGCAUUGUAUUGCAUUCCCACAGGCUGUGCAAGAACCGGCAACUGUUCUUCCACGACUACCGGCAGAGGUGGAUAUCAUACGCGUGAGAAGACAAGGAAAAGAUGAUACCCAUAAGGACGUCAGGGUUAGAAGACACCGUGUUGAGGGGGCGCUUCGUUGGUUGGAGGACAACAAUCCUGCCUAUGGUGAUGUUGUUAUUGAUGGUGCUCGCAUACAGAAUUUACCUGAAGAUGGUGAGUUGCCCAAUUUGAGAACUGUUGAGUUUUCUGAAACAGAAUGGGUAGAUGACCAAGGCCCGGCUCCACAGCAAUUGGACGCUGGGGAAACAGAUUGCACUGAUGACUCUACAGUCUCUGGAGUAAUUCUCCCUGAGCCUGGAGUUAACGUACAAGCACAAGUUGAAGCAGCCGUAAAUGAAGUUGUGUCAGAAUCUAGGGAGGGUGAACCAGAAAAUACCCAACAAAGAGUGGAACGACCAGUGAUUCCUUGGCCAACCACGGACACGACACCAGCGUCAGAGUUUACCACUCCAUACUUUUUUACGAUGGCAUUUCCUUGCUUGUUUCUCUAUGGAAAGGGUGAUAUCCACAUAAAUCGGCCAGUGACAUGUCCUUCACUGCAUGACUGGGCAGAGCACCUGCUGUGGUACCAAGACGGAAGGUGUGCGAGGCAUAAGGUGUGGAAGUUUGUUGUCCACAAUAUGAUCAUGAGGAAGCGUGCCCUGGAGCAGAGCCGGUUCUUUGUUGAUCAGCAACUUGGUGACCCACACAUAACUGUUGGAGACCUGCAAGAGCGACUUGCGAGAGGUGACACUUUUACCGACAAGUUGUUGUAUUUUGGCGCAAAUCUGCGCGGUACAGCUCAGUACUGGCACCAGAGACGCAGAGAGCUUCGUGCCCUUGUGGAGUUCAUGGUCAAUGAGAAGCGUGGGUUGCCUUCAUUUUUCAUGACUGGAAGCUGUGCCGAGUUCUACUUUCCUCCUCUUAGAAGGCUACUGGAAGAGUACAUCUUGCAGACCAAAGGUGAAGAAGUCAACCUUGCUGAAGAUAGCAAUGCCCGCUUCAAGGCAGUACAAGAAAAUACUCAUGUCGUGGUGAGUUACUUUGACCUGCGUACCCAGGCAUACCAUGAGAAGGUACUGAAGCCGGUAUUCGGUGUCUCUGAUUAUUGGUACCGCUAUGAGUUUGCCAAAAGUCCCGCGGUCAAAUUCAUUGGCACCAACUCAGCUGGAGGGAAGACAGGCAACCACAUCAGCUAUUGCAUGAAGCUCGUGAAGAUGGUUGCGAAGAGGAAGAGUAUGCAGCUAAACUUAGUCAUUGGGCAGAUGAAACCUUUGCCAUGA